GCGGGGCGGGGCGGGGCGGGGGCGGCGACUGGUGGCCCUCCCCCCCCCGGCGCUGGCUCCUCCGCUGCAGGGCUGGGCGAUGCCGGAGCCAGAGCCGCCGCCGAAGCGCUCCUGGGCGCACCUGAGCCGGCCAGGUGGUGCACUGCUGCUCCGAUGAAGUGGGGCUGGCAUCGCAGGCUUGUGCUGCUGGAGCCCGUCCCGUGGACAGCACCCCUGCCGCCCUAGUUCUUCGCAUCCGGCCACCAGAAUGGCGCUCCACCGUAACCAGAAGCUGAAUCUGCUGCGCCUGGUGGUGCUUCUGACCGUAGCGCUGGCUGGCGUCAAGUUUUUCUUCCGGGACAGUUUCACCCAGGAUCCGCAGAAGGGCUCCGGCCAGGAGAGCAGCUUCUGGGGCAAGGCUGGUGACCCGGAGCCGUCCGCCCCGCCCAGGGCCCGUCCGCUGGCACUCGCAGGCCCCAAGGUGGCGGCCGCCAAGCAAGAGGCGAGGAAGGGGCCGCUCCGGGACUUCACUUCCACGCAGAUGCGGCUGGUUCACCUGGACCUCAAGGGGGCUGCCCCCAAAGUAUCCUACCUGGAGCAAGUCUUCCCGCUUUUCUCCAAGUUGGGAGCCAACGGUGUCCUGAUGGAGUAUGAAGAUAUGUUUCCGUUCACAGGGGAGCUUGAGAUCCUCAAGUCUCCGUAUGCUUACAGCGAAAAAGACAUUGACAAAAUCCAGGAGCUGGCCGAACUCAAUAAGCUGGAGGUGAUUCCCUUGGUACAGACCUUUGGGCACGUGGAGUUCAUCCUGAAGCAUGACAAGUACCGGCACUUGCGGGAGGUGGAGCGUUUCCCCAACAGCUUCAACCCCCACGUCCCAGAGACUCUGGCCCUGGUGAAGGCUGUGCUCACCCAAGUCCUGAACAAACACAGGCGCUCCAGCUGGGUGCAUAUCGGAGCCGACGAGGUCUUCCACUUGGGGGAGGGGAUGGAUUCCAAGAACUGGAUGAGCCACAAUGCCGGAGACGUGGGCAAGAUGUACCUGGGCCACAUCCGGGAGGUGGUGAACUUCAUCGCCAGCCAGCCCUGGAGGCUGCAGGUGCUCCUCUGGGACGACAUGCUGCGGAAGGUCAGCGUGGCAGCCAUCCAAGACUCCGGCAUCGCCAGGCACACUUCUCCCGUGCUGUGGUUCUAUGCCCCGGACUUUGACACGCCACAAAUAGAGAAGUACGUUGCCAAAUACGCCGAGUGCGGCUUCAAGACGAUCUGGUUCGCGAGCGCUUUCAAGGGGACCACUGGCCCUGCCCAGGCCUGGACCCCCUUAAACCAUCACCUGCAGAACCAUCUGAGGUGGCUGAAAGUCAUGCACUCCGUGGCCAAGACGCCCUCCGUCAGGUGCCAGGGCAUCGUCCUCACUGGAUGGCAAAGGUAUGAUCACUAUUCAGCGCUGUGUGAACUGCUGCCUGUCGGGAUCCCAUCGCUGGCGGUGUGUCUGCAGACCUUGGUGAAUGGUGGAUUUACUGAAGCAGCCAAAAAGAAGGUCCUGGAUACUCUGGACUUCAAGAACAUGCAACUGGAGAAGAGCACGUGCGAAGGCAACGGUGCCUUUCCCGGGGCAGACAUCUACCGUAUGGUUGAGCAAGUCAACGGGCAGCUGAAGGACUCGGUCAUCAAAGUGCUGGACGAGGAGAGCUCCAUCAAGGGAUGGUUCAGCCAGUACCACCGGAAGCACCAGUUUGGCAACCCUCGGAACAUGGAGAGUUUCGGCAGCAAAGUGCUUAAGGUCCACGAAGACUGGGAGAGCUUCGUCCAAACCCUCCGCUCCCACAUGGAGGCCAUCUACUUCCCGGACACGGUGGAGGAGUGGAUGGAGGAGAACGUCAACCCCCACAUGGACCGCCUGCGCGAGUUUGUCCGGGACUUCAAAGAAAUCAUCCGCCUCAACGCCCGGCCCAAGACCCUCUAGCAGCGGCAGCGCUCUUGCCGGCGGUGGGCGGGUGGUCUGGAAGGGGCUCGCGACCCAGUCUGUCCUCUUUCUUCUUGUUCUAACACGGAGGACAUUCGGGGUGGGGGUGGUUCCCAUCCUCGAGGAGGCAGCGCCAGUUUCCGGUCAGCAUAUCCACUCCAGGCCUGGCUCCCCCUCGCCCCCAAAUCGUUCAGUGAAGCAAGUCCAGAUACUGGAAUGGUAGGCUCUGGGAGCUGGAGGAAAACUUGGGCGAGGGGAGCAGCCCCGCCAUUCCCUCCUCCUCAACAGACAAGGCCCAAAGUGUAAAUCUGCAGUCGGAGACUAGUUUUGCGAGAGAGCCCCUCGGAGAGGGCAGUGCUGCGAGGUGGGCCAGAUCUCUGGCAUUUCUCCCCCCUCCCCGCACACACACACCCCCCUCUACCCUCAAAGUCCUGCUUCUAUGGCUCCGGUUUCCUCUCUUGGCUCUGGGUGGCUCCCCUGGCUGGUGGUGGACGGAUUUGGCUUGCGGCUGCCAGGUGGGUCCAGAUCUUGCUCGCGGGAAGAAGGGCAUUCCCAGGUUAGACCACAUUCUGAAAUGCGGUGACUGGGAGCCAAGGAGCGUGUUUUAUCUCUCCCCCCCCCCCCUCCGCCAUUCUUGUCUCCUUAUUGUCCAGGAAGGGCUGUGGUGCUGAAUGGUCUCUGGUGACCUCAAUCGUACUGUGGAUGCAAACAGAGUGGCAUCCACUUCCCCACUGGUACGGCCCUUGCCCUGUAGUGGUACGGCCCAGCAUCAAGCCCAUUUUGCUGGGGAAGCAAUGGAAAGCUGGGAAGUGCUCACGUGGACCUCUGCCUCUUUGCAGGGUGGAGCUUUUUUUCGACACCCCGUUUCCCUGUCCUGACGCAUUUUCAAAAUACAAGCAAGAAACAGGGUUAGGGUUGCCUCUCUGAUGUCAGAAUGAUGAGACGGGAGCAGAACCUUUCCUGGAGUUCAGUCGACUUCUGGUCCGGUCUUUUGACCCUAGGCCAGGUUCAGCCUGGUAAUUCCACAGGUGCAGCAUAUCUUGCCAGCUGCACGUGCCCAAAUGCUGUUCCUUAUGCCACCACGCAGAGUUCGAAAGGGAAGGAGCCGCCGCCUCCUCGGCACCACCGAGGCCGAUUAGAUGUGGAUGGAUUUGGCCUCUGGCCAGGGCAGGCAGGAAGCCUUUCUCCCAAGGGGGCAGGUUGCAUGCCCCCUCCCUGUCAUAUCCUGCUGCCUCCUCCUGGUCUGGUCUCAUGUCUGGUUUUCUUGAGGUGGCACAAAUGGUUUGGGAACAGUGCGUGCAGGUGUUGGUUUGGGGAGGCCCUGGAAAGGAGGACGCUUCAGAAUGUUCCAGCUCCUGGCCAGGUUUCAGGAUCUCGGUUUAACGGAAGGAAAUGCCUCUAAGCUGAAGAGUCUUCCAGAAUGCGGAUGGACGCAAGCACUUUGGCACCACUGCACCUGCUGCCGGGGGAGUCUUGGUGGAUCAUGCAACAGGUGCAGCGUGAGUACCCCCUGCUGCUGCUGCCGCGGCGGAAGCCACCCUUCUUCCCCAGAGAUGAGCCCAGUUUGGGGUUAUGGCCUCCAAAAGGCAGAGAGAGGGAGGAGUGGGAGGACACACAUUUCCUGUGCCUCCCAAGCAAACUCCAUUGUGCUGCUUGGGUCGUUUCCUGACUGAGCUCUUCCUCCCCAUCUUCCACAAAGCAGCAGCUGUUGUUGCUGUGGCCAGUCGGAGCAAGUCCUCCUCCUCCCAUCCUUGUGGAUCUUGCAAGACGGGCCAUCUUUCUGUUCCAGUGAUGGACAGCUGUCACUCACUGCGGAGAGCAACAGGCUCUCAAUUGCUGGUGGAGCUUUUUGGUUAGUCCCAGUUACGUUGCUGCAGGACCUGGGAGGGCUUGUUUUUCUCCUUUGUGCAGAACAUGGCUUUUGUGAUGUGGAUGAUGAUGAUGAUAAUAAUAAUAAUAAUAAUAUAAUAAAAUAUUUUUGUAAAGAAA